CGGGAAACGGGAUACCACGAGUCCCGCACUCAGGGGUGAUCUUUAGACCUAUUUCCUCUUCCAACCUUGACGCAUUGACAAAAAAUGCAAAGCAGUCUUUCUAGAGUCGAUACGCUAGCGUUGUUGCCAGUUGUUUUGUCUCGACCUUUUUCGUCCAUCCCACAGAGAUCUAUCUGCAAGCCUUGCCACGUCUCUCACAUUUGAUUGCUUCCCUCUACAAAUAUGGGCGACGCAACUUUGAUAUCGCCGCAAUGCACGGAGUCUGAAACUGUCCGACGGCCCAUCAGGAUCGCGAACUGCGCUGGGGCGAAGCCCGACUCGGGUAUUCACAUGCUCAACCAGACCCUGUAUAGCAAUGCCGAUGUCAUUACUGGGGAUUACCUCGCCGAGAUGAACCUGGCUUCCAACGCAACAGCAUUCAAGGCGGGAACGCACCCAGGCUAUGAGGAAACGGCUCUGGGAGGACUGACCUUGAGUCUGAAGGGGUUGAACGAGAAGCGCAUCAAAGUGGUUAUAAACGGAGGAGCGUUGAAUCCCAAGGGUCUCGCGGAGAGGAUCCAGGAAAUGGUUGAUAGCGAGCGGUUGAGCUUAAAGAUUGCUUGGGUCUCUGGAGAUGAUCUCCUCCACAGGGCUGAUGAGCUCCUUUCCACGCAAGCAAAUCAUUUGGAUUCAACCAACCCAGAUAUCAAGAUUUCCCAGUCGACUCUCUGUUUCCUCAACGAUCGCAAGCAGAACGUUUUCAGCCAGCCACUCCUCAGCGCCAAUGCGUAUCUAGGAGCUCGCGCUAUCACCAAGGGUCUCCGAGAAGGAGCUGAUAUCGUCAUCUGUGGCCGUGUCUCUGACGCAUCCCCUGUGAUUGGUGCUGCGCAGUGGUGGCAUGGCUGGUCCGAUACAUCCUAUGAUGAAUUGGCAGGUGCAUUAGUCGCGGGUCAUCUAAUUGAGUGUUCCACUUAUUCUACGGGCGGCAACUUUGCUGGGUUCUAUAAAUAUUCGACGGAAGACCUGCUCGACUUAAGUCCUCCUGUUGCCGAGAUCGAUGCAAAAGGCGAAGCUGUAAUCACGAAAGCAGAGAAGCUUCGGGGUUAUGUGACCAAAGAUGUCAUCACAUGUCAGCUCCUCUACGAGCUCCAAGGUGAUAUAUACCUCAACAGCUGUGUGAAAGCUGAUCUGUCAGAGGUUUCCGUUGAGCAAGAAUCUGAAAACCGUGUACAUGUCAAGGGUGUUCGAGGACUUCCCCCUCCUCCGACCACCAAAUUUGCCGUGUUUUAUCAGGGCGGUUACCAGUGCGAGAUUACGAUCAAUGCUACGGGGUACGCUACGUCGAGAAAGUACGAUUUAUUCGAGGCCCAGAUGAAAUCAAAGUUGGAGGAGCUCGGCGUUCUUGACAAGCUGGAUGUGUUUGAGUUCCAGAGAGUCGGGAUUCCAGCCAAAAACCCCAGCCACCAGUUGCAAGCAACGACGUACCUCCGAAUGUUUGCCCAAGCCCUAGAAGAGGAGCCUCUGCGUCUCGUCGCAAAAGCCUACUGGUACUAUAUGAUGCAACACUUUGCUGGAUUCUGCUCUUCCAACGAUAUCCGAACCCUAGCCCCCCUGAGUUUCCCAGCCUUUUUCCCAGGCGUUGUCCAACAAUCCCAGCUCCAUGAAGCAGUUCACUUCCUCGGUGCAUCUCCCAAAUCAUUCGACGCCGGACAUCCUCCUGCAUACGAGGAACUGGCUGCUCGUCGUAACUACCAGCCUACUUCGCCCGUACCACUCUCCUCUUUCGGCGAGACAGCGUUCCGGCCCCUGGGGGAUGUGGCCCUUGCGCGCUCCGGCGACAAAGGCGCCAAUGUCAACAUCGGCCUCUUCGUCCACACCGACGACGAAUGGGACUGGCUUCGUAGCUUUCUCACCACGGACUGCCUCCAGCAGCUCAUGGGCGAGGACUGGAGGCCUGACUACUUUGUGGAGCGUGUCGAGUUCCCUCACCUGAAAGCGGUGCAUUUUGUGAUUUAUGGGCCUCUGGGUCGUGGCGUCAGUUCAUCUAGCCGGCUUGAUGCUUUGGGAAAGGCCUUUGCCGAGUUUAUUCGCGCUAGGUAUGUGCAUAUUCCGAAGAAGUUCCUGACACAGGUCAGGUCGGUGGAAUAGAUGACCGGUAGAUGGGAAUGAGUGAAUUGACCC